ACUGGUAUUUAUAUAGUGUGUGUUUGUACGGUUUAGUAAUAUCUGAACUAUAUAUUCACUCGGGGAAUAUACAAAUACAAAAUAACGUUUGCAUUAUAUACUCAGAGAUGCAUGCAUUUUAGAGGAACUGAGAGAACAAACAGAAAAAUAAUCUUCACGUAUUUUACGACGACUCUUGUCUUUUUCUGUACAACUUGUUAAUUUUGUUUUUUAUAAAAGUGUUAUCGAAAAAAAAGAUUUAAGUUAAAUCUGAGUAACUUUGUUUUUUUUUGCAAAUAAUCUUUUUAUCAUUAACUCUACUGUAACUGUUGUAGAGAGAAGUUUAAUAUAUUUGUGCAUGAUCGAAAAUGGGAUGCAAAUUUUGACAUAAUAAGAUUUGAAGUAUAAAUAUGAGUGAUUAGAUUUAAAGUGUAAUUUUAACCUUGAAAUAAAGAAAUAAAUAGAAAAAAAGAAAUAAAGGUGUAUAUAAUUAUUGCAUAAGAUAUUAAAAAAAAAAGAAUAACAACUAUAUUAUAUAUAUCGGAACUGCAGGUGUGAAAGGUUAUGUUGGAUUAUAAGUUGUAAUAAAUAUAAACUUCACGGAACUGGACUAUAUGCUACAGGAUAGCUAAUACACUGGUGUCACUAAAGUGAAACGUCUCAAAUUUGUAGAUCAGAUUUAAAAAAAAAUAAAUAAAUGAGAAAAUAUAUAUUUAAUGACAAAAAUUAAACUUUUGGACUUUAGAAACAAUUACGGACUUACAGAUAUGGAGUAUGCACUAAAUAUUAAAAGACACGCACAGAACUGUUAAAUUAAUAAUUUAUUUGAAUCUUGAUACAAUUUAAACGUCUGAUAUACUGAUAUUUUAUCUUGGGGACAGUGAUUAAAAUUAAAAUAACAUGACGUGGUUCGCAGUGAAAACACUCGAGAACAGUUUAUUAGCCAGGAAGUGGAUUUUCAUGCUCGUUGUAAUUACGGUUUUCACUCUCACUAGUGCUUCUGGUCAAAAUCACCACCACAGCAACCAGGGUCAUCACCAUAGCAACCAAGGACAUCAUCAUAACAACCAUAGUCAUAGCAACCACAAAAAUAAUGAUGAAAACCAUGAAAAAUCUUCAGAUUCUGCUGGUAUUUCAGAAGAGCCAUAUACGAUUGUGUAUCCACAAAUCAUCGAUAACAAAGCUGGUAUUAUGGUCAACAACGUUAAGAAUUACGUCCGCAGAAGAAAACGGACACUUGGAGGCGAAAACAAGCCUCUGGAAAUCAGCAUCAGUGGCGGAAAAGAAAUGUUUGACUUGGAAUUAUGGGAAAAUGACAAGCUCCUUGCCCCAGGAUUCAAAAUAUAUCGAAGAACGACCUUGAAAAAUUCACAGUCCGAUAAAGAAGUUAGGCAGGAAGACGUGUAUGGUUGUCAUUUUACCGGACAUGUUAAAGCAAAGUCUAACAACCAGGCAUCAUUAUCCAUCUGCAAUGGUCUGAAUGGGAUGAUACGUACCGAGCGCGAUGACUUCCUCAUCGAACCCGUUAACCUGUCUACGAUGCACGGAUCCUCGGACUUCAUCGGUCAACCACACAAACUGUACAAGCGAUCAAUUCUUGAUUCAAAACACCAGAAAUAUUAUGAAGCACAAAAAACAGGUCAGAGAGAUAUCAUUGUUGAACGUGGGGUCGAUGACGACUCUGACGAGAUCGAGACAGAAGAACAAAACAAAAUACUCGUAGAUGAUGAGCAGUCUUUGGAUAAAAGUUUACAUUCUGUUGAAAAGCGGGCGGCAUUCAAGUACAAGUUUUUACGAGAGAUGAGUUCACCGAAGACAGUUGAGAUGUUGGUGGUUGUAGACAAAAACAUGUAUCAUAAGCAUGGAGAUGCUAAUAUCACGACAUACACACUCACAUUGUUUAAUAUGUUGUCACAAUUAUUCAAAGAUGGUUCCCUUGGUAACAAGAUAGAUGUUGUGCUAGUAGGUCUUAUACUACUGGAAGGAGACGAGCGUGGAUUAACCAUAGACUACAAUGCAGAUGAUACUUUAAACAGUUUCUGUCAGUGGCAGUCAGUCCUGGUCGGAGCAAAUGGCCGUCAACAUGACCAUGCUAUACUACUGACUGGCCUUGACCUUUGCUCAUAUAAGAACUCCCCUUGUGAUACCCUUGGGUUUGCGCCAAUGGAAGGAAUGUGCAACAGAGUUCGCAGCUGCACAGUGAAUGAGGAUACGGGACUGUCAACGGCUUUUACCAUAGCUCAUGAAGUUGGACACAAUUUUGGAAUGUUCCAUGAUGGGGAAGGCAACUAUUGCACUGAAUCUGCAGGGAAGAUUAUGUCACCCACCCUUAUGGGUAAAGAUGGACAGUUCCACUGGUCAGUCUGCAGUAAAGCCUACCUUAUGAGAUUUCUGAAUACUCCACAGUCAGACUGCCUAGAUGACGAGCCAAAACAAGUAGCGGAACUUAAAUUUCCAAACAAGCUUCCAGGCGAGUUAUACAAUGCAGAUAUUCAAUGUAAAUGGCAGUUUGGGAGCCGUGCUCGACUUUGUACUUACGACUUUGGAAAAGAUAUUUGCAAGGCACUGUGGUGUUACCGUGGCAACAAAAGAUGUGAAACAAAAUUCUUACCAGCAGCAGAAGGGACAUCAUGUGGCACUGGAAAGUGGUGUCGGCAAGGUAAAUGCGUUGACUAUGGCAAUGAGGGUCCAAAACCUAUUGAUGGCGGUUGGUCAAGUUGGUCAGAAUGGUCCGAGUGUUCCCGAACAUGUGGCGGGGGUGUCAUUACACGUGAGAGAGAAUGUUCGAGACCAUUACCACAAUAUGGAGGUAAAGCUUGUUUGGGUGAGGACAAAGUUUUUAAGAUGUGUAACGUUAUAGACUGCCCAGUGGAUGCUGAUGAUUUUCACACAGCCCAGUGUGCCACCUAUAAUAAACAGCCUUUCCAGGGAUGGUAUUUGCAAUGGAAACCACAAAAACUUUACAAUAAUGAGAAUGAGCCGUGUAAGUUACAUUGUAUAGCAGACACCCCAGAUUAUGUGUUCACAAUCAAACAUACAGCCACAGAUGGCAUGGAAUGUGGUAUUGACAAGAAGAAAAUAUGUGUACAGGGUGAAUGUCAGCCUGUUGGAUGUGACUGGGUGGUUGGCUCCACGUUACAUGAUGACAUGUGCGGUGUGUGCGACGGGGACAACUCAACAUGUAGACUUAUACGAGGGGAGUACCUGGAACAGCCUAAAUUAAAUACAUAUUUUCCUGUAACCAUUCUACCAAAGUUAGCAAGGUCAAUACGUAUCCGGGAAAAAUCAUUGUCCUCAAAUUACCUGGCUGUUAGGAAUGUGUUUGGCAAAUAUUACCUGAACGGACAUCAACGAGUGGCAUGGCCAGGUACCUACACACUUGGAGGUGCCAAGUUCAAGUAUAACCGCUCCUACAAUGUACCAGAAACCCUUGAAGCUGAGGGACCAUUGGAGCAGGAACUAGUCUUAGAGAUUUUAGUUCAAGACAACAAUCCUGGUAUAGAGUAUGAGUACACAUUACCUAAGCUGGCUAGUGAAAUAGUUUCAACUCCGACACCUGAUAACUAUACAUGGAGUCUCUCUGUUGAGUCUUGCUCGGAACUCUGUGCCGGAGGUAUGAAGUCAGUGACAGCCAUAUGUCAUCGUAACUUUGAGGAGGAGGUGGAGUCAAGCUUUUGUGAGGGUCUAGAAAAACCUAAAACAGGAAUGUUUCCUUGUAACGAACAGCCAUGUGAACCUAGAUGGGUGACAGAGGACUGGAGACCGUGUACUAAAAUGUGCGGAGGCGGGAAACAGAAACGACGAGUCCGUUGCCGGCAGAAGCUCUCACGAACUAAAGAUAAGAAAUUAAAACGUAAGAUGUGCAAGCACCUGCAAAAGCCGGUUACGAGACAGAGAUGUAAUGAACAAGAAUGUCCACCUGACUGGCAUGCUGCAGACUGGACAAAGUGCUCGGUGUCUUGCGGCUUAGGAACACAGGUUAGAAAAGUGACAUGCCGUAGUGCAAAAGGACGAAAGAUACUACCAGAAAGCAUGUGUCAUACAAAUGCACCAAUCACAACACAGACGUGUGAAGUACGACCUUGUAAUGGCCUUGAGAAAAGUGCUCGCAAGCUAGAAACUUCUUGUUCAGGGGAAGAUUGUGGAACCAGAUGGGUGGUCAGUGAUUGGAGUGUGUGUUCACGUGACUGUGCGGGAGGUAUACAGAAACGUAGGGUCUGGUGUGAAAAUAAGAACAACGCACAAGUGAAAAAUAAAAUGUGCAAGCAUCUUGAGAAGCCAGAUCGUAGACAAGCAUGUAAUGAACAAGAUUGUCCUCCUUCAUGGCAUUCUGGGAAAUGGAAUGAGUGUUCAACAUCAUGUGGAAGUGGCGUUCAGUUGAGAAGAAUCACCUGUCGUACCAAGGAUACAAACGGUCAUAAAGUUUUACAAGAUGACCAGUGUAUUACGAAAAAACCCGACCAUUCACGUUCCUGCUAUCUGGGACCAUGUGACUCAAUGAUGGAGGAAUUUGAUUGGCUAUUAUCGCCAUGGGGACCAUGUUCUCAAACGUGCGGCACGGGUCACAGCACGAGGUUCCUGCGAUGUUCUCAACUUGACAACCAUCAGCGACCAAACAUUGUCGAUGACAACUAUUGUCGAAACAUUCCAAAACCUGCAAUUUCCAUGAGCAAGUCAUGCAGUAUUAUGCCAUGUUUAAGAAUAUCACAGGAAGUAAAGGUGUCACGAUGGGAAGUGAGGGGCUGGUCUCAGUGUUCAAAAAGCUGUGGUGUUGGAAGUCAGUCACGUAUUGUAUCGUGUGUCAACAAUCGUGGACAGCCAUCAACAUUUUGUAGUGAAUCAUCACGACCAGUAUCCACGCAGUCGUGUAACUAUGGAGAAUGUGUACCUACUCCACUGGGUCAACAUUGGUGUAAAGAUCAGUUUUCAUGGUGUCACUUAGUGCCUCAUCACAAAGUGUGCAAUAAACAAUCAUACAAAGAAAAAUGUUGUAAAUCAUGCUUAACUGGUCGAUGAUUAAAGGGAAGCAAUUCUUCAUCAAUCAUUUUGUAUUAAAGGGAGGCAACUUUUUAAUAUAGAGUUGUCUUACUUGAAUUUUUGCAUACACCAGUUGUAAUAUACAAAAAAAUUUGACAGAGAAACAACUCUACAACUUUGUUAUUGGAAUGAAACUUCUUAAAGUUUGGCAAGAGGAUGUAGUUGAAAAGGAAAUGAUACUUUUGUGAUAAAAAAAGAUAAUGCCUUUUUGGGGACAGUUGGUACUUUUGCACAAAAGGAAUGAGUACUGUUACCCUCUCAAAGAAGAGAGUUCAUAACAUAGUGGAUUUGAUAACUAACUUUUAUUUUUACCUCCUUGCGGUGGAGAAUUUGACCUGUGAAAGUGGUGUGUGUUUUUGUCUCCUAUUUAUGGAGAUCACAUCAUGUGACUCGCUUUAUAGGGUGUUAUGGAAGGAGAGUUUUUUACCUCCUAAUGUUAGAGAGUACAGAUUGUGACUGGUUUAAAUUGUGAUACUGGUGAAUCGAGUUUACACAUUUUACUGUGAUGCCAUUUUGUCCAGCUGGGUUGGACUGAAGGACCCUUGUGGUGUUGUGAAUUCUGAGAUUUGAGAAUUUAAGUCUCAACUCUAUAUGUUCAUUUCAGUGUGUAAAAAAAGGUGUGUAAUAUGUGAAGGAUCUGUGUUGAGGUUUUGUGUAAAGUCAAAUUUGAAAUGUUGCAUACAAUGUUUUGUAAUAUUUAAGAGACAUGGAUAUGUCAGAUUGUUAAUGUAAAGGUUAUUUACAAGUUAUCAACAAGUGUUAUGUGAAAAAUAUUUUGAGAAAACCUAUGUUAACAUAUUUUUGUGUAAAAAAUAUAGUGAGUUGAUGUGAAAGGUAAAAGAUGGCUUUUGUGUAAGAAAAUGAUUAAAAAUCUACAUAUUUUUACCAUUACAUCAUCAUUUCAUCAUUUCAGUAUAGAUAUAUAAAAUGUGAUAAGUGCAAUUAGUAGAACACAUAAUUUAGAGAGAUGGUGAAACUAAAGUACAGGGGAGGAGGAAACAGAAGAAAAAAGACGGAAUGUGUCUUUUUUUAUUAAAAAAGGACCAAUUUGUGUUUUGUCUCGCUAAUACAUUUUCCAUUGUAGACGUUUACUGUGUUUUGACCUCAUUAUGUUUAUUUUUACAUUUUUGUGUAGAACUUUUUAUGUUUUAAGCAUUUUUUUAUGUAGAGUGUAUCAUGUUUUAUGCAUUUUUUGUGUAAAUCUCAUCAUGUUUUGUGCAUAUUUUGUGUACAGUAGAAUUUCAGCAUGUUUUGUAAUUUUAUCAAUAUUCAUUCAAUAAUGUGUUAUUUAGAGAGGUGAAGAAUAUUUCAUUUUCAUUGGUCAGUUUGGAAAGUCCUUUCAAGAAACAGCCAAUCAUAUUUCAGCUUUCUUAAGCAGGUUGCUUGGUUGGCCUUUAUCAAAUAUAUUUGUGAAAUUGUGCUAUGUAAUAAUUCAAUAUUUGAUUUUGUCCUUCAGAUGUAUUUGUUGUAUAUUAUAAUUAUUUAUUUGCUCUAUUCAUUAUUCUAAAUGAAAUCGGUGUGAGGAGAAAAAACCGAUAAAAUUACAGAGACCUCCUCUUGUUAUUUUUAAAGUAAUUCAAAUUUUAUGCUGUAGUAAAUAUAACUUACAAAGUCAAGUCUUGAAACAGCACUUGUAAUGAAAAGCAUACAGUCAUGUACACCUUUUAAAAAAACAUUUAGUUACCCUGGUUUGGAUUCGACAUUGAAUUUCAAAUUUGAUGCAGGAACAAUGGACUCCUCUUAUUUCAAUUAGAAUAAUGUUUAUGGUUGACUAAUAACUGUAAAUUCUCUUAUUAGCAACAUCCAAUCACAUUUCUAUGUAAAUAAAUAAUGACCUCUUAAUCUUUCAUUGGUACAGAAAGAAAAAGAAAUAAAAAAAUGAAAGGGGUCGGGCUUCUUUAUAGAAAAAAUGCUGAUACACUUUAAUAACCCUUACCUUGUCUAAUUUGCAUAUUGUAGUAGAGAGGUGUGGCUUUUAGUUGGAAGUUGAAGGAAUUUUAGCAUCAAAAUAUUGUUAUUAAUCAGUCAACAGUAUAGGGCUCGGACAUGCCUCAAUGGUGUUUAGGCUGGCCUGGCAAUAUACUGGUGUCACAGGUCCGUUACCACCUCAGCUAGCGCUGGAAAGAUUUAAGUUUAGAAAUCGUAAGUCUGUCAAAGUUAAAUGUUCUGCACUGUUUAGCCGUUCAUUCAGUUAUUAUAUUGUAUCUUAAAAUUUUUUCCCUAAUUAUGAUGAAUGUUUGUUUUUUCUAGCUUGAAAGAUGAUCAAAUCCAUAUAAGAAUAUUAGUAUGGAAAGGUUAUGGAAUUUCUUUCUAUUUUAGAGAUCUAAUAAUAAAUUAUCACAACUUAUAAUGAGGAAUGGUCUUGCUAAUAAGGGAAUGUCAAUCAUUUAUCAGUUAUAAUACUAUAAAUGAAAACAAAACUGUCUCAAAAUAUCAUCUUUAUCAUGCACAAUUUCCAUACAAGUGUAUUCUUUAUUUUUUCAAUAUAUUUACCUUUAUCAAAUAUCAUCAUAAAUGUUUCAUUUUCUGUAUGUUUUAAAUUAUCAUGUAUGUUUAUAAUGUACAUCAUCAUGCUUUUGGCUUCAAGAAUUCUUGAAAAUUACAUGUUGAUUAUUCUUAGAAAUUUUAUUGUGGACUGAUUCACUGAUUCUAAAUGUACACUAUCAUAAUCUAUUGUAAGGAUUCAGCAAGGAAAUUUCAAUAUUUGGGAGAAAUGCAAUAGAUUUGCAGUGCUAUUACAUGUUUGCUAAAACAUAAUGAUAACUUUGGUCUGGCCAUAUCUACAUGUAUUUGUAUGCCAAAAAAGAUUGUAAAAUGAAUAUAACAAUUAACUUACCUUUAACGAAAAAUGAGAGAGCACUUUUCAAUGCUAUUUCUAUUCUAUUUAAUAAUUUUAAAUAGAGUCCAUUUUGUCUACAAAGAUAAGAAAGAAAUUUUGACCUUAUUGUGUGAUUAUUUGUUAAAAAAGGCCUUUAAUUUUGAUGCCAUUUGAAUAAUGGUUGAAAUAUAAUACUUAUUUCUUAUCAGUUUAUGUGAUUGUUUUCUUUCUCUGUUUGUUAUUGUUGUUGUUAUUGUUUAUUGUUAUUCUACAAACAAAAACUGAUCUUAUUUUAAGCUUGUUUAUAUCAUACCAUAUUUUCCCUUAUAAAUGUCCUAGAUAUAGUUUAAAGUUUUGUUUUCUACAGAAAAACAUGUAAAAUUGAAAUUUUGCAUUUUGUAGCUUAAUUAAGAACAUUGUAUAGCAUAUGAUUAAAAAAAAUCAUUUAUACACAUAUUUUUGCUAAUUUAAUAGUGGUUAUAUAUUUUUAGGGAUGUUUAUUUGGGAAUAUAUGGUAUACAAUUUAAUUGACAGGGAGUGUAUAAUUGAUAAUUAUAAUUUUGAUCCUCUUCUAUUUUACUAAGAUAUUACAACUACUUUAAGAUAAAAUGUCAUGUUGAUAUAACAAGAAAAAGAUACAUGUACCAUAAAUAUUCAACUACAAGACGGAUCAGUUAUAAGACGGGGGGCCUAAAUUUGGUGUAAAAAUUUACAGUAUUUUUAUUUCAUUUCCAUUUACAAUUAAAGAUGCUUUAUGGUUCAUAAUGAAGAAUCAGUCAUACCAAUUUUUUUUUUAAGUAAACUACCGAAAGUGGUUGCUUAAUUUAUUACCCCAUUUAUUAAUUAAAACUAGUGUUCAGUGAUAAAAAAUGAUUUUAUUAUGAGACACACGGAACAUCUGGUGCCUUUUACCAGGAGUUCUAGUAGAGAAAUAUACAUAUUUUUGUACAUUUUAUUGAUGUUUUAAAGAGAAUAUAGCUCUUUUUUUGUACCUAACGAAGAUUUGAGAUUUCACUUCCAGAGGUAAAUGGGAAAAUAAACAUUUUAUAAAUAGAUGUUAUCUGGAACUUGGCAAAUGUGGGUUUUUCAAUACUAAUCCCCCAGUACAAACAAACUUUUACCAUUAUAGCUUCACAGUGGACUUUCGGUCACAAUAGUCAACCUGUUGCUCUUAAUUUCAAAGCUGUAACUGUAAAAGUUUGUACCCCGGGAUUAGCUAGGAAAAACCCAAAUAUUCUUAAUUCCGGAGUGAGUCUAUUCUUAAUUGAGUGAAAAUUUGAGUGCAUUAAUCCAUAUUUAAUGACUGAAACAGUCUCUAAAGACUGUAUGAUAUACAUGUAUACCUUAUCAACUUUUUAAAAUGCAUUUACAAGUCCAUCAUGUGAGUAUUUGUUUAACGAACUAAUAAAUAUGACUCAGUUAUACAUCAUACAACGUAAAACCUGUAUCCUAAGUGUGAUUUUCAUACGUGUUAUAACUAAAAAUAAAAACAAAUUUUCUCUGAAAAUGAUAAUUCACAGUUUUGUGUUAACACAAUAUAAUCUCUAACACCUAUCUCUGCCACAUACAUUGAUUUUUCUGAAAGUGAUAAUGGUAUCAUAGUAAUAGGGAUUGGCUUUUUCAAUCACAGGAUUUAAUCAUUUCCUUACAAUACCUUAGUAACAAAAUGCAACUAUGGCAAUAACUGACAAUGCCAUUUUACUUGGCUGGGAUAAGUGUGUUUAAAUUUUAUCCUAGAAAACCAAGAGGCUUUCUACCAAAUUAUUUUUCUACAACACCUGAUAGUUCAAAAUUCCAAAGGCAAGAACAGAAGCAUCGUAAAGUUUGUUACAAUACAAAGUUUAUAAAUACCAAUCCUGCUAAUCAGAAAAAGACUUUAAAAUGUUAAAUUACAAUAAAUACUCUUUAUUCCUCUUAUUAAAAGGGACUGUGGUUUAUGACAUGACAGAACUAGAAUUUUUUUUUCACGAUUUUUUUAUAACAUUUGAUGAAGGUCCUUACUAAGAACUUGUGGGCAAAAUUUCAGAUCAUUUGCUGUUUUCAAGAAUUUUUCUCUUUGUUCUGCAGAAUGAUAAAAAUGCAAAAAGUUUAUAUGCUUUUAACUCAAUUGCAGCUAAGAAUCACUCUUCAUAUUGAUUUUAAAUUUAAUUCAGAGAUUUUUUUAUUACCUGUUUCAUAUUUGCUGUUUUAAGAGCCCCAGUUGAUUUAUGUAAUAUUUUCAAAUUCUGUUUUUAUGGCUUUUGGACCUCAGUGGAGCUGCUUUAAUAACAAAAAUAGCUGUAGUUUAUUAUUGAUAAUUUAUGUCAUUGUAUGUGGUAGUGAUUAAAAAUAAGACAAGUAUGAAUCCAUUCAUACUUACAUAAAUUCACACAAGAAAAAAACACAUUUAUGUGUUCCUGGUAUUAUGGUAUUAUUUUGUUGCACUAAUGGUUUUGAUUUAAUCUUAAUUGUUAACCUAUCCUAGACAAAGGCACUUUGCUUUUAAAUCAGGCCCUCUUUUAACGAUAGAAACAUUUGUUAAACUUCAGUAAAACAGAGUUCAAGAAGUUCUUAUAAAAAAUAAAUAUUUUUGUUCAAGUUUUGUUUUGUCAGUUUUUAAACGUCUGAUAAGAAUGCACGUUAGAAUGUUAAAAAAGGUUUGAAUAUUGUUAAAAAAAAUUAUAGAUAUAAAAUCCAUACUGAAUGAGCAAUAAAAAAAUCCAAAUAUUUUUAUUUAGAAAAAUAACAAUUAAUGACACUCCUGUAACAUAAAAUCAUUAAAAAAAAUCCUGUAUCAUAUAUUAGGUCAUAAUAAUGAAUAAUGAUUUUUAAAACAGAAUUACAUCUUUAAUUAACAGAUUUUUAAAGCAAAUUUUUAUAGUUAUAAUUAAUGCCCCGUCUUGAAAAAAUGUUGGCCCAGAGGGGCUUUAAAUGGAAACAGUACGGUACCUUAAGAAAUCUUAAUUUAUUGUUUUUCUGUAUCAGAUUAUAGCAUUUACUCUAUAGUGUGUUCUACAAGCAUUGUGUGCCACUUCAUUUGUGUUAUAAAUAACAAAUUUUUACAAAAGUUCAUAAAUCAUUUAAAUUGUAUAUAUUGUGAAUACCGUUGUUAUUUAUAGUAUUUUCUUGAAAAUUUAUCAAGUCUAUUUUUUGAUGUCAUUAAAAAUGAAUCCUG